UUUCGCUUUAUUGUAGACCCGGACAUUCGGCUUAAGUCGUGUUCAGUGUGUUUCUCCCUUGAGCUUAAAAAUUGUCCUGGUGCAAGAAAAUACGACAAAAAUGAAACUAGCACUGUCCAUCCUCGCGCUCGCCAUCGCGUUUAUCAACGUGGAUGCAAUAACGCCCCCGAAGGUGCAGGUGUACAGCCGUAACCCCGGCACGUACGGCUUGCCCAACACGCUGAUCUGCCACGUCAGCGGCUUCCAUCCCCCGGACAUCAACAUCGAGCUGCUGAGGAACGGGGAGCCCAUCCCCGAUGCCCACCAGACCGACCUGGCCUUCGAGCAGAGCUGGCAGUUCCACCUGACCCGCAGCGUGGAGUUCAAACCCAGCGAUGGGGAGCAGUACGCCUGCCGUGUCAAGCACAGCAGUGAGCCACAGAAGACCUACAACUGGGAGUCUGACAUGUAAGGCGGGAGUACAGAGCCGCUGAACGUCUGGGUAAAUUCUGCGGCAUGUUCCCAACGGCUGACCAAUUCACUCUGAGGCCCCGCCAUUUUGAUGCCUGUCCAAAAUUUUCCUCCUGGGUAUCACAAGAAGAAUUAUAUUUGAAUUGAUUUUUUUGUUUGGUACAACAUUCCACAGGGAAUUCAAAAGAAGUGCGUAGAACUACAUUAACAACAUGAAUUAAUUGUACUUUGAGAAAUUAAAAACAAUGCUAAUUGGGAAAGUAUAGUGGAUUUAGCGGAAGCACUUAAUUUAGCUGGUGGUGGUAUUUAUAUUUAUUGGACAUUUAAACAUAAGUUUGAUAAGUUCCAACACUGCAAAAAAGUGUCUUACUUACACUGCAAAAAAGUGACUUACUAGAAAGUGUUUUAGUCUUGAAAUGAGUAAAAAAUCUUUUUAGCUUAUUUAGCAAAGAAUGUCUAAAUAGAAUAUAAAAAGAAUAAAGUACUUUCUUUUUGUAGUGUGUGAAAAGAAACAUGAGCUUUGGUUAGUUCUUUAUAUUUUAAUAUUGUUAUUACUUUGUUGGUUAAUUUCUGACUUUAUUUUUUAUCUGCUGAAUCAACAGGGUAAAUGAUUAUGUUUACACUGUAUAUGUUUCAUAUAUAUUUCUGACCAGUUGAUACUCAAAUUCAUGUUCAUGGUGACCAGAUCUUGUUCUAUGAAGGAAACCAUUCAGUGAAAGUGUUUGGUUGGAUCAUGAUGUAAUUAUAUCAAAGCCUCUUGGUGCAGGUUCCAUUUCUCUUGUUAAUCAUUUUGUUGGCAAAUCUUUUUUCCCAAGUUAGUUCAAAGCUGCAGGUAAAAUUUGUUAACUGUAAAAGUUAAAGUUUAUUGAUUGUUUAUGUCCCCGAAAUGGGUUUUAAUAGCAGUGGUCAUAUGAUCGACUCCGUCCAAAUUAUAAUACCAAAUUAUAAUACCAAAACAUGAAAGGUGAACAGUAUAAAUAUUCCAGUUUUACCUGGGUGGCUGUCCUGAAUCUUUUACUGAUGCUUCUCAGAUCAGGAAAGUCCAUGGAGUAGAAAGUAGAAGUCUUUCGCAUGCUGCUUCAUGAUUUCACCGAUUCGUCUGAAAUAAUCUGAUUCAUGAUUUCUAGCUCCUGAGUGAAUAAUUGUGGUAAUUAGCAAAUCCGGGUGAUUGGAACAAAAUACCCUGGAUUUACACUCUAAAUCAUCAACCAUUAUCUUGUUGACACCUGAAGCUAUAUUUCCCACCCAAUUAAAAUCACACAACAAUCAAUGUUUAAAUUGUGGAGGAAGAUGUCUAUGUUAAACUUAAGGACAAAACAUGUCCUUUAAGAGUUAAAUUUUUCAUUUUCGUUUUGUGAAAUUGCGUGUUCUUGGUUGAUGUAAUAAAAGCCAUCUUGUGUGA